CCGGCCCGUGUCCGGUCCACGGCCAGUUCGCCGGCACCCCCCGCCUCGGGCGCACCGCGUGUCGUCGCUCACCAGCCGACGCCGACGGCGCCUGUCGUCCUGCGUGACCCAGAAGUCAAUAGAGCCUUCGGACCUUGAUCUGCCCGCCAUGAGCUUCAACCCGUUCGCCUCCGGGAACGGCCACGACGACCACGACAGGCCGCACGGGACUAACGGCUCCUCCGGUCAUCCGUCGACCGACCCGUUCUCGGACAAGCUCGGCCUGUCGAGCUCGGCCGAGCCCGGCUCGCCGCUCAAUCCGCGCGCGCCCGAGUUCACACCCGGCCAACUGAAGGGCGCGCCGUUCGGCGGCGGCGACGCGCUCGACCUGGACCCGGCGGCGGCCGAAUUCGUACCCUCGGGCGCCGUGUUCGAGACAGAACUGCCCGAGCCCGGGCUGCUCGGUCAGCUGGGCAGCGGACUCAGUGCGGCCGCGUGCGACGCGCGCCAGCAGCUGUCGAACGUUGCGGAGGGUGUCUCCGAGAUGGCGUCCCGAGGUGUCUCCGACGCCUUCGACGAGCUGGAGGGGGCUCAGGAGCGGACGACCGGGGCGAUGGAGACCGUACAGAGCCGGACGGCGGAGGGCCUGGAGUCUGUUUACGAUAAGGCGGCGGAUUUCGCACAAACGGCGUUCGACCAAACUGUGGACGCCGUCGAAGUCGCGCGAAAUCAGACGGCAGACGCUGCCGAGACGGCGUGUGAGAGCACAGCAGACGCCGCUGGGACGGCGUACGACAGCACGGCAGACGCCGCCGAGACGGCGUGUGAGAGCACAGCAGACGCCGCUGGGACGGCGUACGACAGCACGGCAGACGCCGUCGACACGGUGCACAGCAGCGCGGCACAGGGCCUGUACGACGUGUACGACGGGACAAUGGAGGGUGCCGAGAUUGCCUUAGGUAAGACGACAGAGGGCGCCGAGACCGCCCAUGGUAGCGCGGCUGAACUUGGUGAGGCUGCUUACGACAAGAUGGAACAUAGCGUCGAGACCACUUAUGGUGGCGCGGCUGAACUUGGGGAGGCUGCCUGCGACAAGAUGGCGCACAGUGUCGAGACCACCUAUGGCGGCGCGGCUGAACUUGGUGAGGCUGCUUACGAGAAGAUGGCACAUAACGUCGAGACCAUCUAUGGCGACGCGGCUGAACUUGGUGAGGCUGCUGACGACAAGAUGGCACAUAGCGUCGAGACCACCUAUGGCGGCGCGGCUGAACUUGGUGAGGCUGCUUACGACAAGAUAGCACACAACGUCGAGACCACCUAUGGCGGCGCGGCUGAACUUGGUGAGGCUGCCUACGACAAGAUGGCACAUAGCGUCGACACCAUCUAUGGCGGCGCGGCUGAACUUGGUGAGGCUGCUUACAGCAAGAUGGCACAUAGCGUCGAGACCACCUAUGGUGGCGCGGCUGAACUUGGUGAGGCUGCCUACGACAAGAUGGCACAUAGCGUCGAGACCACCUAUGGCGGCGCGGCUGAACUUGGUGAGGCUGCCUGCGACAAGAUGGCGCACAGUGUCGAAACCGCCUCUGAAGGUGCGGCUGAGCUUGACGAGACUGCCUUCGACAAGACGGCGCACAGCGUUGAGAUUGCGUACGACAAAACGGAACAGAGUGCUGACACUGCGUAUGAUAGCAUGGCGCAUGGUCUGGAAACCGCCUACGACAAAAUCACAGGAGGUGCCGAAACUGCCCAUGGUAAGGCGAAAGAGGCCGCUGAAGAUGCUUAUGGCGACCUUACGAAGUUUGCUGGAGAUGCUUUCGGCAACGCCACAGGAGUGGCUGAAGGUGCAUUCAACAAAACAGCGGAGAUAGCUGAAACAGCGUACGACAAAACAACAGAAAUGGCUGACACCACUGACGACAAGACGGCUGAGCGCCUGGGGCCCGCGUUGGACCAAGCGGAAUUCUCCGCAGAGGCAGAGCACGCCGUAGAAGCCGCCUUCACCACGACCACAGAGAAGGCCGGCGGUGCGACCGAAGAGGCUCAGUCAGCUAGCGACUCAGUCCUCGACUCGGCCGCCGAGACCGCCAGCUUCGCCUUCACCACCGCCGCCGAGACCGCCAGCUCGGCGUUCACUACCGCCGCCGAGAGCACCGACUCGACCUUCAGGACCGUCGGCGACAUCAUGACGUCGGCGCACGACUCGGCUGCGACUGCGGUCGGCUCGAUGGCCGAGUUCGGCUCCAGCUCGCUGCAGCCGGCGCUGGAGGCCACCGUGAGUGCUGAGGACACUGUCGACGCCAGCGCCGAGAGGCUCGGCUCGUUUGCGGGUGAGGCGGCCGAGGAGGUGCAGCGGCGGCCGGAUGAGGCGGCCGUCGAGCACGCCGACGCCUCGUUCGAGCCGGUGCAGGUGGAGGAGCGAUUCGGCAACGUGUUCGAGGCGGCCGGCGACUUCGUGAGCUCGUCGUACGACGCGGCGGCGGCGGAGCUUGGUUCCGCCGCCGAGGUGGUGACCGGCGGCGUCCAGGCGGCACUGGGCUCCGCCUACGAGCACAUAACCUCGACCUUCUCAGCCACCUCGGAUAACCUCACCACCGGCGCCCAGUCGGCCGCCGACGGCCUGGACCAGGCCGGCGAGUCGGUCCGGGAGGACGCGGAAGCCGCUGUCUCGGAGACGGCGGCGACGCUCGAGUCGCGCGCCGACGAGGCGGAGGAGGCGCCCGAGGCGUCCACGUCGGACGCCGAUGCGACCUUGGAGUCCACGGCCUCGCUGACGGCGGGGCACAUCGAUUCCGUCGCCAGCGGCGCGGCCGAUGCGCUCGAUACGGCUGCUAGUGAAACAGCUGACCUAUUGGAGCCGGUUGCGAGUGAGGAAAAGGCCGAGCAAGACACCACUGCGCAUGACGCAGAGGCCGCGUUCGGGCACGUCAGUGGUGAGGUGGGAGAGUUGGCCGAAUCUGCUGCUGAGAAGACAGAAGCUCUGACCAGCGAAGCCGCAAUCGCCCCCGAGUCUGCUGCAGAUCAAGCGGAGACGUUCUACAGUGAGACAGCGGGCGCGUUGGAGUCGGCUGCUAGCGAGGGGAAGUCAGCCCUGGAAUUCGCUGCUGAUCAGACGGAGGACGCCUACGAUCAGGCGGCCAGCGAGAUGGCGAGUCACCUCGAGUCCGGCGCAAGCCAGGCGGAGACCGCAAUGGAGUCGGCGGCGGCAGAGACGGAGGAGGCCGCCCUCGAGACCAGCACCGCGCUGGACACGGUAACCGACCAGGCGGCCCUGACGCUCGACUCCGCCUACGGUCAGGCGGCGGACGCCUUCGAGCAGACGACGGGCAGCCUGCAGUCCGGGGUGGACGCCGCGGCCGAGAACGUCGGCCCGGCGGAGCGCUCCUCCGAAGAUGUGCUCUCGUCAGCCGCCGAGCGGGCUGAGCGCGAAGCGCAGGACGUCUCGGUGGCGGCCGGCGCGGCCCUGGACACGGUCGACGGUCACCUGCAGUCGGCUUACGACACCACGGCCGGUGCGCUGGGCUCGGCGUACGACACGGCCGCGGCCGGUACACAAUCGGCAUUGGACCCGGCGCGGUGGAAGGCGGAGCCGGACGGUGACGACCGGACCGGCGCUGCGACCGAGCGCGACGAAGAACAGUUCAUGAGGACCGUCACCGAUUCGGUGGAGUCGGUGUCGGGCAGCGUGCCGGAGGCGGAGGACCGCUUCGCUGAGGAGGCAGAGGAGGCCACGGAGACGGCCGGAGAGGCCGAGCGCCGUAUCGCCGACGAGGCUGCAGAGGGCGCACACACCUCGCUAAUGGACACACUGGCCGACAGCUUGCAGUCGGCCGCAGACUCAGCCGCCGGCGCCGCCACGUCGGCCGCAGACUUGGUCACUGAGAGCGGCAGUACGGCGUACGAGGUGGCGGCGGACAAGGCUAUGGCAAAAGAAGAGGAAGACCAAGAGGUAGACGUGCUCCAGCAAGACGACGAGAUCGCGGAGCAGGCUCUGAAACAUGACACGGGCGCGAUCACGCACGACAUUAAGCAGGUUGCCGACGACAUCGAGAAGUUGGUGGAGCCCGCGGCAGAGAUCCUGCCGUUGGAGGCCGAGGCCGGAGCGCACGCGGCGGCCGAGGAGGAGGGCUCGCCAGCCCCGGAGCUGGUCGCCGCCGCCGAGCGGCACGGCGACGACGCAGUCGAGUCGGCGCUGGAAGCGACGGACGAGUUCUCGGCGCGUCUUGAGCACGAAGUGGAGGCGGACGUGCACCGCUCGCUGGCCGACGAGCAGCCGAGCGACUUCUUGCAGCAGCAGGCGGAGAAGGCAGCUGCUGCCGCAGAGAGCCUGGUGCAAGAGGCGGCCGACGCUGCGGCCCCGGUGGUGAAGCAGGCCAGUCAGUGUCUGGAAACGUUGGGCGACCAUUCGCAGUCGGCCGCCGACGCCGCGGCCGCCCAGCUGACCGAUAUCGAAACCGUCGACCCUGCUGAGCAGUUUGAGACGAUCGAGCAGAGUGAAGUGGAGGCGGUGCGCCGCGAGAUGGCCGAGGAAGAGCCCAAGAGGCCCGAGGAGGAUUCAGAGGACGAGCCUGAGCUGGACCCGAUCGAGUCCAACGAGCUGCUGCAGGCCUCGUUCCACGAGGACAUGCAAGCGUUUUCGCACCCCAGCGCCGACAUGCUGAGCCCUGACCAGGAGCAUUUCGAGGCCAUGGAGCGCGCCCUCCAGCAAGAAACCGACGACCUGGUCCCGGGUGGCUUCGUAUACCAUACGCCGAUUCGCAAGCCAACUGAGCCACUGCUGUCGGAGCUGCCGGUCUCGGAGCCCACCCGGGAGCCAGAGCCUGUCCUAGAGCCUGCUGCAGGGGCACAGCCCAUUAAAGAGCUCGCUGCCAAGGCAGAGCCCAGUAAAGAGCCUGCUGUAGUGUCAGAGCCAGUCAAAGAGCUCGCUGCCGAAGCAGAAGUGGUACCAGAGACUGUUGUUCAGACAGAUACAGCACCAGAGCCUACGAUCGAGGCAGAUAAGUUCCCAGAGCCGGCUGUGGAAGCCAAGCCAGCCGCGGACGAACAGCACCCUGUUCUACUGGUGUCUCCCACUGACGCUGAAUCGACAUAUGAGCAACCAGAAUCGGAACCAGGACCGGAAUCAGCUGUUUCGGUCCAGACGGCUGCUGCGGCCGCUGCCGUUGCGAUCGGGGCAGCAGCUGUCGGGGCUGCAGCUGCCGCAGCCGCCAGAAAGGACACCAAGACCGAAGCUACCAACGCCGACAAGAAGACCCCAGUGGCGAAGAAAACAGGCAAAGAGCCACUUAAGAAGACACCCACUGGAAAAACAGACCUUGCCAAGCUGCCAGCAAAGCCAGCUGUCAGCGCUUCCGCAAAACUAGCGGCGAAGACAACGACCAAGCCAGCCACCAAGGCCCCCACGCGCCCCACUACGGCCCCUGCCACCGGCAGGUCUCCCACCGCCAAGACCGGUGCUGUUGCUCCUAAGGCAGCCACGACGCGCGCCCGACCCGCCACGGCCACCGCCGCCCGACCCUCGAUGGCGACCUCGGCGAGGACCUCGACCUUCGGCACAGCCCGGGCUUCCACGACCUCCACCACGCCGAAAACGGCCACUACGUCCGCCGCCAGGCCAUCCUCGGCCAAAACCACGCCGCGAUCGACCACCACCCCCACCAUGAGCACGCGGACUUCGCCAAUGAAGACCACGCCAUCAACGCCCGCCGCCAAAACCACGCCUAAGCCGCGAACGACGCCCACCACCAGCAGGAGCGCGCCGGCCGCGAGGAGCGCGCCGCUGACGCGCACUCCACCCCAGAAGAAGACGCCCACCUCGCCCAGUAAGCCGGACGGCAAGACUGGCGAGCCGAAGCCGGUGGCCGCCAAGCCAACCCGCCCCAGCACGCUCUCGACCCGCACCACCGGUGUCACCGCUGCCCGGUCCAGCACCACUACCCGGCCGACGGCGACCACCAGCCGGUCCACCGGCACUGCCGCCAGCCGCACCACCAACGGAUCCCCGGCCCGGCGCCCCGGCACCAAGACGGCGAAGGAGGCGGUCAACUCGAAGAUUUCAGCGUCGCUGAGCGCGCGGCCCGCCGCUGGCUCCACUACCAGGACCUCCGGUAUCGGCUUCGGCACCAGAGUUCCCAAUACGGUGAAGAAGACAGGUUCUGGAGCGGCGACCAAGACGCCGCCAUCUCGGCCACUGACGACAGUGGGCCGCACCAAGGCAGCCUCAACUGGCGGCCACAAGACCACCGAAGGCAAGGGGCCGGCCAGCAAGAAGUCUGCCUCCGCCAUCGUCACCGAGACAGUGGCGCCGGUCGACAACAGCGGUGGGCUGGAGAAGUUCACGUCCGAGGACGCGGCGAUAGAGGUCACGGACAAGCUAAUGUCCGAGGCCAACGGGCACCACCACGACCUGGGCGGCCUGGAAAACGGCAACGGCGUGGAUCAUCACACGGCUGAAUUGGUGUAAGCCGGCGGCAUGAGCGGCAUGUGAUAAACUAGCGGCGGACAGGGCGGCGCGGCAGGCGACAGUCCGCGGCCCGGAGACGGAAUGGACGCGCGGCGGCCCGCUGCCUGGCGAAGCGACCCGACACUCGGAGUGAGAUGGUGCGCCGCGCGGUGGCGCUCCGAUCGCACCGCCGGCCACCUGGCAUUGUGAUAUACGUGCGCAUCGAAUUGGAACAUUGAGAGGCUUGAAGCGCUUAUAUUUAGUUUAUUUUGGUAACUUAUUUUAGCUCACACCGUUCCUGCGAGCAGGAGUGAGUGGGGCGGGGUGAGUGGAGUUUGAGGAGUGAGAGAGGGCGUGCCGGGCCGAGGUCGGACGUCUUCACACCGGCUGAACGGAGCGUCACCAGACGAUGCCUCGGCGCUGCAGAGCGUUCCUGCAUCCUUUAAGAAUAGCGUCAUAGUCCACGUCUCAGAUUAAGAUGUAUUUUUUAGAGGGCCCUGUGCUGUGUGGCCGCUGAUAAGGGGCGGCCCGGGUCGGGUCGCCGCGCCCCCGCCGAAGUAGCGGGUCAGGUCAGGUCAGGUCAGGUCAGUGUUGCGCGGCCGCUAUUGCUCGCUCGGCUUUGGGCGUCGCCAUACGAGUCCUGUUGGCGUCUGGCUACUCUGCCUGUUCUCCGUACCGUCUGUUUCUGCCAAUGGGCCCGCGAGCGCCGCCGGCGAUGUGACACUGAACACACGGACGCGUCGCUGCUCUGGUCCGAUGUGACACUGAACACACGGACGCGUCGCUGCUCUGGUCCUCGUCGCAUGUUCGGUCAUGGUCCAGACGUCUCUUGUGUGUUUAUUAUUAUUAUUAUUAUUGCAAAGCACAAUAAAUCUUCCUAGUUUUCUUCUAC